AUGCAGCCCCUAAGACGCUCCAAGGGCCUCUACAACCUCGAAGAGGCGUCCAACCUGUCGCUCGAAGAUAUCAACAUGGACAGCAGCCCCAGCAGGAGCCACCGACCGCGCCACUCGAUGAUACUCCAUGAUUCUGACCCCAAUUCGCCGGUCAAGGCGCCUCCAUUCAAAAAGGCCGCCAUCCAGCAAGAGAAUGUGCCUCCUGGAGGAGGAGGAGAACGACGAUUGUCAGAUAACCCGCCCACGAUCCAUCUCAUGUCGUCGUCGGUCGAAUCAUCGCCACCAACACCAACGCAUCACCCCCACCACUCGCACCCGCACCCUCAUCAUCCUCAACCCCAUUUGCAUCCUCUCGUCAAAACAAAGAUAGCUGACGUGGAACACAAGGAGUACGGCACUCCAGACUCGUUCCGGUUCGUCAAACCGCUGCAGACUGCGUUCAUGAGCACGGGCUUGCUUUCGAAACGAACGCGCAACCUGCCCAACUCAUCUUCUGGCCACUCUCUCGUGCCUCCAGAUACGCCCUGCAAGAAACCCAGCGGCAGUUCGAGCUUGCAGGACGUGCACGGACUCAGAGGAGACGGAAACACACCCCGGCCCUUCACCAGCAGUGUCUCCCACGAGGGUGUCAGCAUGCUCGGAAGCAGUCACAGGUCUGCGUCCUCCGGUAGAGCUCACAGAGUGCCCCUCACAAUCAACACCACCGGCCACCAGAAUAUCCCCUCAGGCCCUCCAAGCGGGCUGCGUGAUUCAGCAUCACGCUUUGCAUUCGACCUGCGUUCGGCAGUCUCCUCGUUCAUGGACGACGUUCCCUCCACGCCUACGAAGCCCCUGGAGGAGAGUGAGUCGUUUCCAUCCGUCCAGCGAACUCUCACUACUAACAACCAUGAUGACAGCAACGGCAGCAGCAGCAAUAACAGCAGCACGAAUCUGGGACCCUACAGACGAGCGUCUUACAUUGGUUCUUUGACAUCCUUGUCUUCUCUGGCCAAGGCAAGUCACCAGCGGUCAGAUGGGUCGCAGAUCACCAUUACCCCUGGGACUAUCACUCGUCAGGCCUCGUCCAUCAUGGAACCAGAGACCCCUCUUGGAAAUGGAGACAAUCCCUUUAACUCGCCCAACUUCUCCAGUGAUCCUACCUUUGCAGAUCCCCGGACACCGGCCAAACGGUCUUCCCAGGACCAAUCUGCUGAGAACAUGAUUGCUGGCGAGUCGUGGCUUAGUCAAAAGUUUGACAGCGUCUCUCUGAUUGGAUCUGGCGAGUUUUCAUCCGUUUACACGGUCACCGAGCGCGUUAAGAUGCCUGCGGGUUCCUCGGUCAUCCUCACGCCGCCCAACCGUUACGCUGUGAAGAAGAUGAAGUACCCCUUUGCCGGCCCCAAGGCUCGUGCUCGACGAAUGGAGGAGGUCGAAGUUCUUCGUAAGCUGACCGAGUCGAAACGUGACGAAGACGGGCGCGAUUUCAUUGUCCAGCUUGUCGACUCGUGGGAGUACCAUGGAUUCCUGUUCAUCAUGACUGAGUACUGCGAAAACGGCAGUCUGGAUGUUUUUCUGGCUGAAAACGGCCGAAUCGCGCGUCUGGACGACUGGCGAGUGUGGAAGAUUCUCGUGGAACUUGCCCUCGGUAUCCGGUACAUCCACAACGAGGGCUUUAUGCAUCUGGACAUCAAGCCAGCCAACGUGUUCAUCACUUUUGAGGGCACUCUCAAGAUUGGCGAUUUUGGAAUGGCAACAACAUGGCCAGCAGCUCGGGGAAUCGAGCGGGAGGGAGACCGGGAGUACAUCGCUCCCGAGGUGCUGAGUCGACAGGAGUACGACAAGCCUGCGGAUAUCUUUUCGUUUGGUCUGAUUAUUCUGGAGAUUGCUGCCAACGUGGUUUUGCCCGAUAACGGCAUCCACUGGCAGAAGCUACGGUCUGGCGACUUGACCGAUGCUGGUCGGCUCUCUUCUGGCGACCUGGCUGGAUUUGAUCAUCAGUUUGGAGAGCCUACUUCUUCCCAGGGCCAAGAACGAGACGCGAUUGAGUGCGGGAGCAAGUCGUACGAGGAGGAUGGGGGAGUGCUGAGUCCAUCGUGCAUGCCUCCGUUUGACCACCACGGUAUCCACUCGUCUUCUCUCCGAAGCUGCACCACGGCUAACACCACCUCUUCUAGCGGUGUAAGCACCGGUUCUUCCAGGUCUGGCACUGCUGGAAACGGUGGAGCCAGCACGGGCAACACUUCCAGCUCGACAAACAUGCAUCCCCCAGUGAUUAGGCGAAGCUCUGCGGCCCCCGACUGGGCUCCUUUGUUCCUCACCCAGGAUCUCGGUAUUCUGGAUUCAUUGGUGUCUUGGAUGCUGACUCCUGAUCCUCGAGGCCGUCCCACAGCCGACGACAUUCUUGCCACCAGUGAGGCUGCGUGGGUCGAGCACCAUCGCAAGGCUGGCGCUGUAGUUUACGAGGGCGAUUUUGGGCCUCCUCCGGGCAACUCAGAUGACGAUAUGUGCCAUAUUUCUCCAGAUGAAGAUAACUGGCGGAUGGAGUUGUGA